GGCUCAGCUGUGAAGUUCAAACGUCCAUGAGGGUAGUUCCGCAUCUCUACGUCCAGUCCUCCACGACAAGAAAAGAAAAACAAACAACCCAGAGGUGUUUUUACCGCCACAUGUUUGACCCACGUGUGUGACAACAGCCUUCUUUUUGUGCAGAACUUCCACUGGAGAUGUCUCGUACGGUCGACACAACCUGCAGCGACGGAAUGAUGCUUUAAAUGACAUUUUCACACACGGAAAAAAGGAAACUGCUGAAUGAAACUUUAUAGUCUUGCUCCUGGAGGGAUAAAAAAACGCACUUUUUGGUGCUAUUUGUGUUAUUUGCUUUUAUUUUGUGGACGUAUAUAACAUGUUUAUUCACUUGAAGUUACAGUUUGGGAGGUUAACCACAAUGUCAGGGGUCGCACGUUUUGGAAAAUGAUUACUGGCAGCACCGACGGUAAAAUUAUGGUCAGAAGAUGCCUAGUAACGUUCAAGCCGUUCAGGAUAUUCGUGGUGGGAAUAGGCUUCUUCAGCCUGUGCUUUCUAAUGACCUCUCUGGGGGGGCAAUUCUCAGCCAAGCGACUGGGGGACUCCCCCUUCACCAUCCGCACAGAAGUGCUGGGAGGUGUGGAGUCACGUGGUGUACUGAGGAAGAUCAGUGACAUGCUAGAAGUGAUUCUGAAGAGGAUGGACACGCUGUCCAAACUGGAUAACACCUCCACCACCGACGCACGGCGCCUAGAUGAGCUCAGCUCUGCAAUCAACAGGUUCCAACCAGCCGGUCUGGUGGAGAGAAUCCAAGCUAUAGCCCAGAAUGUCUCCAAUAUGGCCAUCAGAGUGGAGCAAAUACUGCAAAACAGCAUUGUGCAGGGAAGAGCUGUUAGAGAUGGGACAUCAAGCCAGUGUGAAGUACCCAGAGACCCCCGCUUCCCAGAGUGUCCCGGGAAAGUAGAUUGGAUGCGUGCACGCUGGACAUCUGACCCUUGCUAUGCCUUUUAUGGCGUCGAUGGUUCAGACUGCUCCUUUCUUAUUUACCUAAGUGAGGUGGAGUGGUUCUGCCCCCCACUGGCCUGGAGGAACAACAGCAGUCCCCCCACUCAGCUCACACACCAGACAAAAGCCCCUAAGAGACAGGCGGCUUUCCGCACAGACCUCUCUGUUCUGUUGGACCAGGUUGGAACAGGAAAAGAGUCCCUCAGCUUCAUGAAGCGCAGGAUCCGUCGGCUUGCACAGCAGUGGGCAACAGCUGCCAACCGUCUGGAUUCUAAGCUGGAGCAAAGGUGGAGGGACCAGAAGAAGAUCCUGGUCCAUGUAGGCUUUCUCACAGAGGAGUCUGGAGAUGUUUUCAGCCCUAAGGUGCUGAAAGGGGGCCCACUGGGAGAGAUGGUCCAGUGGGCUGACAUCCUCACUGCACUCCAUGUUCUGGGACAUAACCUCAAGAUCUCCAUGUCAGUCAAGGAGCUGCAGGGGUUUCUAGGUGUGCCCCCAGGCCGAGGCAGUUGCCCACUAACUGGUCCAUUGCCCUUUGACCUCAUCUACACUGACUACCACGGCCUCCAGCAGAUGAAGCAACACAUGGGGCUCUCACUCAAGAAACACAAAUGUCAUAUCCGGGUUAUUGACACAUUUGGGACGGAGCCAGCUUAUAAUCAUGAAGAGUAUGCAACGCUGCACGGCUAUAGGACCAACUGGGGCUACUGGAACCUGAACGCCAGGCAGUACAUGACCAUGUUUCCUCACACACCAGACAACUCUUUCAUGGGAUUUGUUUCGGAAGAACUGAAUGAGACAGAGAAGAGGAGCAUCCAGCAGAACAAAGUCAACAACAUGGCUGUGGUGUACGGGAAAGAGGCCAGCAUGUGGAAGCUACAGCAGGGUAAGGAAGGUUUCCUGCAGAUUCUCCACCAGUACAUGGAAGUCCACGGCACUGUAUACUAUGAGACACAGAGACCUCCAGAGGUCCCAGCCUUUGUGAAGAACCAUGGCCUUCUGCCCCAGCACGAGCUGCAGCAACUGCUGCGCAAAGCCAAGCUCUUCAUUGGCUUUGGUUUCCCCUACGAAGGGCCCGCCCCCCUGGAAGCGAUAGCCAAUGGUUGCAUUUUCCUGCAACCGAAGUUUCACCCACCCCACAGCUCACUCAAUCAUGAGUUUUUCAGAGGCAAACCCACUUCAAGAGAGGUUUCAUCUCAGCAUCCCUAUGCAGAGCAGUACAUCGGGAAGCCUCAUGUCAUGACAGUCGACUACAACAACUCACUUGAGUUCGACUCUGCCAUCAGGGAAAUCAUGAGGACCAAGGUUGAGCCAUAUCUGCCUUAUGAGUACACCUGUGAGGGGAUGCUGGAGAGAGUACAUGCCUACAUACAGCAUCAGGACUUCUGCACUCCAGAGCGUCCUUUCAUUCUGGCAAACCUCUCCAGACAUGGGACAGCUGGUGGAAACAGGAUUACAGGACCUCUGUUUGUGCCCCUGCCCAAUUCCACAGCCCUUGUCUGGGCGUCCAAUGUGACAGCUCCUGUGGCCUGGCCUCCUCUCAGCUCCCUCAGGCUCCUUGUAUCACAAGAGAGCCAGUCCUGUGUGGAGGCGUGCCAGUCAGCUGGUUUUAUCUGUGAGCCUGCUCACUUUCGAUUCAUCAACAACAAGGAGGCCCUGCAUGGGUUGGAGGUACAGUGUGAGGUUGUCGACUCUGAGAUCAACCACAUCCUUCCGGCCUUCUCUGUGAUGCGACGGGAAUGUGGCCUCCAAAGGGAUCCUCUCCUGUUCAGCUGCGCAGGACACUCCCCCAAAUACAGGCGCCUUUGCCCCUGCAGGGACCUCCGCCAAGGCCAGGUGGCGCUGUGCAGAGACUGUCUAUAAUGACCAGAUACACAGCACACGACAUGCACUAAAGAACAGAUCGACGGGGGAAAAGGGACACUGGAAGGUAGCCACAAGCCAGAGCUGUGACAAAUUACCUGAUGGCGUAAGAGGCAGAUUAUCCCCAAACAGUAAAUGUAGAAUGACGAGGAACAGGCAUGCAAUGACUCGAGGUUUAGAAGUUUUGUAAACAUGCCAGGCUGAUGGUUUUGGUUGAAUGUAGUAGAAACAGCUUGAAGGCACAGAGUAGGAAGACUCGUGAUACCUGGUAUUAGUACAACCGGGGAAUGGAUUACCGGUCCAACAAAUUCUCACAUUAAACACCAGAAAAUAAUCUGUCUGUAGAAUACGAUGACCAGUGUUAAUAGGCCUUAAAGUCUUUAAAGAUAUCUCAUCAAAAUUAGAGCUAAUGGUGGAAAAUGUACACUGAGAGAAGAGUUUGUUGUGGCUGCAGACAGGCUCAAACUAUAGUGUCAUUCUGUGACAGUCUUCAAAUAUCUUGGCUCGAAGAAUGCAACCUCGGGUCAAUAUCCAAUCUCCUCUCUGCACUUUGACAAAAGGAUGAUGGACAACUAGGUUAUCUCCUCCUGCUUUUUCUGCCCUCCUCCAAUGAUGGACAGAGUCAUUUAUCAGACUGAACCCCAAGUCUGAGGUAACAUCGGUCAAUGCAAUCAUCUGUGGUCACAAAAGAAAGGAGGAGGAGGAUGACAGAGGACAAAGAUAAAGGGUACAAGAUUAUUUUUCAAUAAAUAAGCCUUCAGAGCUCUUAAGUGGAUUUUUAAAGAGUCCUGUUGGACUUCAUGAUGGAAAAAUCAGAAAAUAAAAAAAAACAUCUGAAUGGA